GUUAAGUUUGAUUUCGCUUUUGAAGAGCGCGUUUUUAUUCGAUUCUUGUGUUAACGCGUUAUCUUACUUGUUUAGUUUUGCUUGGAGAGAUUGCAUGAGCCAUCGCUUGUUGCGUUUGUUUUCGUUUUUUGUUGAAUAUUAUUGCCAACUAAAUUUCUGACUUAUCUAUAAAUUUUUUGAUGAGAUUGUCGUUUCGCGCUAUCUGUAUUUUUGGUAACGUUAUAUGAAGAUUGUUUCAAACAAUAACGUUUUUAUUGGUAAUUUCACAUUGUUGUACUUUUUUUAAUAAAUCGACGUUGUUAUUUAAUGUUAUUACGUCUGGUGAAAUGCUGCAGGAAAUAUCGUAGAUGACUGUCCAAUACAAUCAGUUUGUACUUACUGGGGGUCCUGGAAUAUUCUUCCGUCUUCUCUUAAGAUGGAGAGGAGGUGUAUUAAAGCUGAUUAUGCUGGAUCUCAUUAUAUUUGCUUCUCUUUAUACAUUGAUCAGCUGCUUGUAUCGGUUUGUAAUUUCUGAGAACGCACAAAGAAAUUUUGAACGUCUGAUUCUAUUCACUUCCAAAUUCCAAGCUAUGAUCCCGGUUGCAUUUAUCCUUGGUUUUUAUGUUGCCUUAGUUUUCGCACGCUUUUGGAACUAUUUCACGACGAUUCCGUGGGUAAUGAGUUUCGCACUUACUCUUGUUACCCACCUUCCCGGUAGCGCAGAACGCAAUCGUCUGAUACGUCGGACAUGCAUGAGAUAUGUUAUGGCAAAUUUUAUAAUUGCAACUGCCCAUCUUAAUGUCGUAGUCAAGAAACGUUUUCCAACUUUUGAGCUCUUCGUUGCUUCAGGCAUACUUACCGAGGACGAAGCAAGAAUCAUUAGGAGUGUACAAUCUGUUCAUAUGCAACCAUUUGUUCCUGUUGUAUGGGCGACUUCUCUUAUCACUUUAGCUAAAAAAGAAGGACUAAUCAAAAAUCCACAUGCAUAUGUUCUUUUGGUAGAUGAACUUAACACUUUCCGUCAAAAAAUAUUAUAUGUAAUGAUGAUGGAUGAUGUUUGUAUUCCAUUGGUUUAUACACAGGUUGUCACACUAUCUGUAUACUCCUAUUUUGUCGCGUCUUUAAUAAGUAGUCAAUUCAUCAUCAGCAGUUCACCUUUUGCAGACACAGCACGUUCGCAUGAUCUUUUCUUUCCGUUUUUCACAUUUCUGGAACUUUUUGUUUAUGUGGGAUGGCUAAAAGUUGCUGAAACACUUGUGAAUCCAAUGGGAGAAGAUGAUGAAGAUAUUGAUAUUAAUGAGAUAAUCGACUUUAAUUGGAGAUGUUAUCAAUCUGUUUUGAUCUUCGUUUCGAAGAUUUCGUGGUGUGUGGUAGAUGGAGUAAGAACAAGUGCACCUGCCAUUGUACGAGACGCCCAUUGGAGACAAUCCGUUGUAGAACUUCCCCACACGGAACGGUCAAGACGUUUAAAUGUCGGAUCAAGGAAAGGGUCUAUUUAUGAUUUGAAUGUUCCUGUUGGUCCAGAACUACGCGAUCUUAUGGCAGCUUUAUCCACAGCACGACAGAUGCAGAUGCCAAGUACAAAUUCACCAGCUCCUUCAAGGUCUAAUUAUCCUAAUGAAGGUGACAGUCCACGUGGUGAGUCAGAUGACCGUAGACAGUCGUUUCCUUACACUACAGCUACUAAUGUUGUUCGUGAACCCAUAAAAGAAGAAGAUGAAGAACUAGAAGAUGAACAGUCUGGAAAAGAUUUGAAGGAAAACAAAGUAAACGAUGAAACUAACGAUUUAUCAGGUAGUCAUACGCAUGAUCACUGUUCAAGGCUCUAAUUAUUAUCAUCUGUUCAUGGGGUAUUAAUAUUUUGUUUAUUUGUCAGUUUAGUAGAUUUCAAAGUGAUGUUUUGAAUACACUUCGAAACGUUUGCAAAAAACAAAAAAAAAUGCCUAAUAUUAUUUAUUUGUUAUUGUUAUUAUUAUUAUUAUUAUUAUUAUUUUAUUUUACUUCAACUGCUUUGAUGAUAGCUGCCUAUAUAUCCAGCUUAAAUUUAUUUUUCAUUAACUUUUUACCCUUGAACGUUUUGUCUAACUUCUUCUUUAGUUAAAUCCAUGAUGAUUUAUUUUAACUGAGAUUAUAUUUUAAAAAUCUAUCUAUUCUCUCUACUUGUCUUUCAUGAAUUGUAUUUUGCUUAACAAACUCAAUUUUAUAGUUUAUCAUAUUUUUGUAGUUCGCUUUAUGAAUAUUGAAAUAAUAGAGAAUUUAAAUUUCUUUCACUUAGGAGCAUGAUUAAAGCUAUUUAAGACGAUGGAGUGAAUUAUCUGGUUGAAAAAAUGGCUGACCAAGCAUUUAAUCUGAAAUUAGUGCUUUAUAUUUUCUGGUUUAAAAAAAAUGUGGUAGUGAUAGAAACAUUUUGUAAACAUAUUUUUAACUCAUACUAUGUGUAGGAAAUGACUUGUUGUUCAGUGAGAUGAUGUGUACAUUAGGCACAUAUGAAUACUGAAGUAGCCAAGAGAAGAUUAUAAAAACAAAAUAGAUGGAAAACUCUUUUGUGAUGACAGAAAUAAUUUUAAAAGACUGUCUACUGUCUAUUACCAUGUAGGCCGA